AUGACGAGCUUCGCUAAAGCCUCCUUCGAUGUCGCGGGGUACCUUGCCUGUCGACCCACAUACCCACCUCGCCUAUUUGAUACCAUAUGCAAGUAUCAUGCGCUGAACGGCGGUCGCUUUGAGCGAGCUCUAGAUGUAGGCUGUGGACCUGGCUUCGUCGCCCUCGCUCUAGCACCUCAAUUCCGCAAUGUCAAGGCUAUCGACCCAGCCAAGAAGAUGGUCGAUAUUGGCCUUCAGCCCAAAGAUGCCAGCUUGCCUCGCAUCGACUACGGCGUCGGCUCGGCCGAGGACCUCGGUGCUGCAGGAAUCGGUCAGGGCAGGGACGGCGUGGACCUGGUCGUUGCCGGACAAGCUGCACACUGGUUUGACUACCCCAAGGUGUGGAGGGAGUUCUCGAAGAGCGUCAGGCCGGGCGGUACCGUUGCUUUCAUCGGCUACGCCGAGAUGGUCUUUCCUCGUCUACCUCACCUGAGCCGGCUCAUCGCACACCACUCCCGCUCCCCCGAAGCUCUCGGCAACUACUGGCAGCCCGGCCGGCGGAUCGUCGAGGCUCAUCUCGACCCCGUACCCUUCCCUAUCACCCCUAGUCCAUCCCAAACAAUAACAGACCACCUCCCUCCACUCGAAGCAACCUUCGCUCAUCCCAAGAUCUCGAGUAUCGCGGAGAAGGAGCUACCCAAUCAAGGGGACGACUUUGACUUUUCGGCCUGGGACCCAGCGACGGCCAUCCGGCUCAGGGCGGACGUCUCGGCCGAGGGCAAGGAGGAAGAAUGGCUCAUGAAGAAGACCUUCACCAAGUCGCAGCUGGAGGGGUACUUUCGGACCUGGUCGGCUCUCCACUCGUACCAUGAGGAACAUCCCGAUGAUCUGGCCAAGAAGGGCAAGGAGGGGGACAUUGUGGAUAGGGUGGUCAAGGAGAUUUGGGCGGGUGUUGGGGAGGACACGAAGGAGAUAGAGGCUGGCUGGCCAUUGAUACUGAUGAUGAUCAAGAAGAAGGGCGAACAGUAG